CCCAGGCAGGGAGCGCGGCGGGGCCGGCAGGAGGCCGACCGGGGCUCGACAGAGCAGAGAUGCAAUUGAGAGCCCUCGCUCCCUGACGAGGCAAGAUACGCUCUGAGAUUCCUCACUGUUCUCUGAGAGAGAAGAGCAACUCAGCCCAUCCAAAAGACAGUCUGCACCUGGAACUCGGCACCCAGGAGGUCACCCCUGCAGGACCUGUGGUGGAGCCUGCGCCCUGGUGGCCUUAGGUGGCUGCAUUACUGGAUCGAGAUGACCACAGCCACUCCUCUGGGGGAUACCACCUUCUUCUCAUUGAACAUGACCACGAGGGGAGAAGACUUCCUGUAUAAGAGUUCUGGAGCCAUUGUUGCUGGCAUUGUGGUGGUUGUCAUCAUCAUCUUCACUGUGGUUCUGAUCCUGCUGAAGAUGUACAACAGGAAAAUGAGGACGAGGCGGGAACUGGAGCCCAAGGGCCCCAAGCCAACCGCCCCUUCUGCCAUGGGCCCAAACAACAACGUCAGCCAACAGCCUGCGACUGUGACCUUCAGCCCUGUUGACGUCCACAUGGAGACUCGGUGACCUCUACCCUGGUGCUAUCUCCACCACUGUCCAAAGAGCCUCUCCAGAGUCAAGACCCAGAGGCACACUCUCUGGCAGCUUGACGAUGAGUUUCUCCUGGUCAGGUCAACAGAAACAUCUUUUACGCAAUUUCUGAUGCUUCCAGCAAUUUUCAACCUUGUCUCCCCUGCCCUACCCCAACUAUGUCCACAUCCCCUCUGCCGCCCCACCAAAAAGCUCCAGAACAUUGUUUUGUCAUCUGAUGAAGUAGAGCUAUGUUGGGAAUCCACUCAGGUGGGCUUGGCUCUCCCCCAUGCUAUAGUUAGACAGAUAGCCCAGGAGCCGGGUGUCAGGGAACACUGCUGAGAGUAUCGCAAUAUGAUCUGUCACGGGGUUCGUAUCAGAGUAAGUGCCAUAUCCACAGCUUCCCAGAGCAAAACAUCCGAUCCCAUAACCAGGCACAGGGGAACUAACUUGGGCUGACUAACCAGAAAACCUUGUGAAUGUGUAACUUGUUCUAGUUGUUCUAGAUGUCUGCCUGCUGACUGAUGAUGACUGCUUAGCACAUUUUUCCCUCUUGAAGAAAGGCUGCGAGAAGAACUAGAUUCUUCUCAAAAGAUUUCUGCUGCAUUAGUAAAGAGUCAGUGAAGGAACAGGGUGACGCUGCAGAAUAGUGGCCUCUAACGUAAGAGCUUGUUGCGUUGUCCGUGGGCCUGGAAUGAUCCUGGAGGCUCAGCAGGCUCCUUCUUCCACACUGGGCUGAGGCAACCCUGACUCUGUCUCAGUUCUUGGCUCCCCUUUAUCUGAUUCUCAGCAACCUUGACUGUCCUGUUAACACCUUACCUCCAAGGACCAGUAUUUGGAGAUUAAUUAGACUCCAGCUCUAUCAAUGUCAUCUAUGACCUUCCUGGUCACCUUCAGAGAUUCAAAACAUGUUCAAAGUACCACGUUCACAACCCGUUUCUAUUCUACAGAGACCUUGUCUCUGACUCCCUAGCCUGGAGAACAAUCUACCAAAAAGAGAAAGUAUCUGGAAUUAAGAAGUCCUGCCAUCCAAGCCCUCCUUCCUAGUGGUGUGGGCUUGGAAAAAUGACUCAACCUCUUUAUAUUCAGUUUCCUAAGCGUGAAGUGGAAAUGAUAACACCUGCCGCACUGGGGCACUGUAACAAGGGAAGGGCUUAGCAAAACACCUUGAUUCUAGUGCCUGGCACCCGGGAGAUGCUUAAUAAAUGGGAACCAGGAUUCCUUUUUUUUGUUUUUUGUUUUUUUGAGACAGAAUCUUACUCCGUCACCUCGGCUGGAGGGCAGUGGCAUGCUCACAGCUCACUGCAGCCUUGAACUCCUCCUGGGUUCAAGGGAUUCUCCCUCCUCAGCCUCCGGAGUAGCUGGGACUACAGGUAUGUGUCACCUCACCAGGCUAACUUUUUAUUUUUUAUUUUUUAUUUUUGUGGAGAUGGGGUCUCACUGUGUUGCCCAGGCUGGUCUUGAACUCCUGGCCUUAAGUGAUUCUUCUGCCUUGGCCUCCCAAAGUGCUUGGAUUACACGCAUGGACCACGGUGCCCAGCCUAAGAACUAACAUUAUUAUUAUUACAGGUUUUUUUUUUCAAUUGCAAGAUAGACAUUUCUUCACAUUUUAAUGAUUCUGAACUCAGAACAUAUCUUGCAAUUAAUGGGUUAAUUAAUGUAAUUGUAGUUUUUUACUGCCUCUCAAAAAGUUGUUUUUAAUCAAUUGCUUAUCCUAUAAUUGAUGGCAUCUUGGACACAAGGUAAUAAAUCUCUAUUCUGUUAUAGAAAGUGACACACUUUGACAUUUAAUCUCAAAUCUUAGGAGUCUCUCCUUCUUGGGAUCAGAAAUCCCUUUUGAGGCUGGGUGCCGUGGCUCAUGCCUGUAAUCCUAGCACUUUGGGAGGCUGAGGCAGGCAGAUCACUUGAGGUCAAGAGUUUGAGACCACCCUGGCCAAAAUGGCGAAACCCUGUCUUUACUAAUAAUACAAAAAAAAAAAAAAAAAAUUCUGGGCAUGAUGGUGCACUCCUGUAAUCCCACUACUAGGGAGGCUGAGACAUAGGGAGGCAUGAACCCAGGAGGCAGACAUUGCAGUGAGCCAAGAUCAUGCCACUGCACUCCAGCCUGGGCAACAGAGUGAAACUGUGUCUCAAAAAAAGAGAAAUCCCUUGUGGGGGAAGUAAGAGUCAGGGAGGUAAGAAGUCUAACCCAGGGUCACACAGCUCAUGACAUCCCACUAUAAAAAUACUCCGUGGAAUAGCUCUGGAGAAAUACUAGCAAAUUCUUCCUCCCUGGCCAUUAUUUCUUCUUACGGUGUUUAAAUAUCCACCACGUGCCAGAUAAUUUCACAUAAAUUAUCUCAUAGGAUUAAAUUUUCCCAAUAACCUGGGGAGGACUUAUUUUUUCCAACACAGAUGAAAAUUUCUGACUCAAAGAGAGAGAGAAAAAAGUACUUUCCCAAAGUCACACAGCUAGUGAGUCACAAAGAUGGGACUCAAACCCAGGUCUCUGGACUCCCAAAGCCCGUCUUUUUUGUUAUAUCACACUCUUCUGCAGGCCAGGCUCAAAGCAGCACGGAUUAGUUUAUGGGCUGAACAAGAGCACAGGGUUGUCCAUGUGUCUGGGUGGAAAUCAGGGUUCUGGCUUCCAGGCAGAAGUGAGGGAAAGCACUUUGGUAGCCUCCUUUGGGCUUCCAUGAUCACGGCCAAAGAUGCCCCUUCUCAACCCAUCCAAGCACUAAGGAUUCCUGCUUCAUUCAUCCUACUACUUAGACUCAAGGAGCAAGGGAUAGAAUGGCAUCUAACCAGAGCGAAGCCAUUUGUUUCAGGUCUCAAGCCAUAAAUACAUAUGCUCCCCUAAACAUAUUCUGCUUUAAAAAGUUGUUUUGGGGCAGGUGUGGUGAUGCACGCCUGUAAUCCCAGCCCUUUGGGAGUCAGAGGCAGGCAGUCGCUUGAGCCCAGGAGUUCCAGACCAGCCUGGGCAACAUGGUGAAACCUCGUCUCUACAAAAAAUACAAAAAUUAGCCAAGUGUGGUAGUGGACGACUGUAGUCCCGGUUACUUGGGAGGCUGAGGUAGGAGGAUGGCUUGAGCCUGGGAGGCAGAGGUUGCAGUGAGCCGAGAUUGCGCCACUGCACUUCAACCUGGGUGAGAGAGCCAGACCCUGUCUCAAAGCAUAUUUCAGCCCUAAAACUGGAUUCUUCUGACCACAGUGCAGAGUUCUAGGGAUUACCCUCUAGUAUAUGUUCUUUUGCUAAAUGAAGGCUUGGAGAUGGAAAAAGAGGAGGGGAUAGAGUCAUGAGGGGGAGGCUAAUAAAAGGAUUUGUGUCUCAUUCUUGACUAAUGAAAAUAACUCAAUAAACAUCCUGUAAGAAGGUUCCUAUGUGCAAGUUUAGGUGCUACUAAGUACAUUAAGACACAACCGCUGCUCUCAAGGAGGUAGCAGCUGGUCUCAUGGCGGGGAUCUUACCACGUGAUUAUGUGUGUAUUUUGUUUCUGAUGAGGUGCCUUUCUUAGUAGAUGCUGCCUUAUUUGGCCACUGAACCAAUCAAAGCUAUUAAAUGCUUAAAGAAAACUAUCUGACAAUAAAAAGGUUUAAAUCAAA